GUGAUGGCACCCAUCUAGCUAUAUAAGCAUGCCUUGUUCUCCUUGUAAGAGUAUCAGAAUACACACAUGACACAUGUAUUGAGCAUAUAUUUCUUACAAAUUCUCUUCCGUCAAUUAAUGAAGAUGAUGAUAUUUGUUGAGCCUUUGUUUUAUAUUAUCAUUUCUAUCACAGGGUAGUCGAGCCAACAGUCAAUAUUGAAUUUAUUGCCCGUUGUUUAUAGUUUUCCGAGCUUUUUUUUAUGUCAUGAAUUUGAGCAUUAGAAUUAAUGUGAUGUCCUUUUAUAUGUUUUUUUUUACUUUUAAAAAAAUAGUUGUAUGACUACGUUUUUUUAGUUUUGGAUACUCCAAGAGUUGAGAAUAUGAAUGGGUGCCUUAAAACCCAAAGGACACAAAGAGUUAGUUAUCUCCGUAUAAAUAUAUUGAUGAAUAUACUAAACCGUGACUUAGGAUGUUGAGAGUGCUAUUAAUCUUGAGAAGAUCGAGUACUAUUGUGUUUAUAUAUAAAAAAUAAUACGAGCCUAAGUACAUUCUCUAUCCAAACGCGCUUGGAAUGGAAGCCCUCUCUGUGGUGGAUUUUUUGACAAGUGUCCCGUUACUCCAAGGUUUAGAGCGGUCUUUUCUACAUAAGAUCGCUCAGAUGGUAACGAUUAUGAAUUAUGAGUGUGGUGAUUACGUGGUCCGUCAAGGGGUCGCUGGGCUUGGAAUUUACUUCAUUUGGGAUGGAGAGGCUGAUGCAUGCGGCGAUUUCCGACAUGUGAUCGAUGAAAGCCCGGAUGAAUUCCACCUCAAACGUUAUGAUUUUUUUGGUCACGGUAUUUCAUCAUCAGAUCAGCACGUUGAAGUAAUUUCACUGACUAAACUAACAUGUUUGGUGCUGCCUCAUAAACAUUGGCACAUGCUACCCCAAUUCAACUCAAUCCCAAAUUGUAAUCUUCAACAAAUAUUGGACCUUCAAGCUAUAAGAGAUAGUAUAUUUCAAGGUGUUACAUUGCCGGAAGCUCCAGCGUUUACAGGUAGAGUGUUUGGUGGUCAGUUCAUUGGGCAGGCUUUAGUUGCAGCCCAAAGAACGGUUGAUCCGCACAUGAUUGUACACAGUUUGAAUGCCAACUUCUUGAUUGCGGGAGAUGUUGACUUACCCGUGAUGUAUGAGGUUAUCCGUGCGCGUGAUGGGAAAAGGUUUUCGAGCAGGAGGGUUGAUGCCACUCAGAGUGGUAAACUUAUCUUCUCAUUGACAGCUUCUUUUCAGAAGGAAGAGGGAGAAAUCGAGCACCAAUAUGCACAACUGCCUAGUGUACCGGAUCCGGAUACGUUAUUAUCAAUUGAUGAGAUACGCCAAAGACGACUCAUUGAUCCUCGGCUUCCCAGGACGUACAGAAACAAGUUGGCUACGACGAAACAUAUACCUUGGCCUGUGGAAGUAAGGUUUUGUGCUCCUGAAAAUAUUGCAACUCGAUAUACCAAGACACCUCCAAGCUUGAGAUUCUGGUUUAAAGCAAAAGAAAACCCAAGUGAUGACCAGUCCUUCCAUAGGUGUGCGGUGGCGUAUGUAUCCGAUUUAAUGAUCAGUAAUAUAAUUCCAAAUCCUCAUCGCAAAAAGGGCUUGACCAUCGUUCCCUCAACUCUAAAUCACUCCAUGUGGUUUCAUAGAGACGUUCGGGCUGACGAUUGGUUAUUACAUUUGGUUCAUACUCCAUCCGCUUAUAAAUCACGUGGUUUUGUUAAAAGUCAAAUCUUUAACAGGAAUGGCGAGCUUGUGGCGUCGGUGGGGCAAGAGGCUGCCCUCACGUUUCUCAAACCUCGAGAGCCAAAGAUGGAGUCCAAAAUGUGACCUGAAAUGCGUAGGGAAUAUAUGGAUAAGAGAUUGGAAUUGAGGCUAAUCUUUAUUUCAACAUUCAAAUUAAUACCGAAUAAAGUAUGUAACUAUGUGGUUUCAAUUCUUCUGACUAAAAAUGCACGAGAACAUAACAAGUACACUGAAGUCACUCAUAAAUUUAUAAUUUUAUACUAUUAUCACUUCGUUUAUUCUCUA